GCGACAGCACAAUGUGGAGUGGGCUCGUGGAAGCGCUGACGAAAGCCGCUGCGGCCGAAGACCACACGCCAUGUGGUGGUGGCGGCGUGUUGGCGGAGGUUGAGGAGCGAGGGUUUGCGGUGGUUGACGAUGCCUGGCCGGCCGCGCAAGUGGCGCAGCUGAGGAACGAGAUUGAGGCCCUGCAUGCGGCGGAUUGCAUGGAGCCGAAUCAGGUCCAAUUCGCCACGGGCUCUGGUCCCAUUAGGCUCACAAAGCCCGGCAUCUUUGAAGCAGACAUGCACCAUGAUCAGCGGCGGCAGGCGUGCCCGGGCUUUGACCAGCUGUUCCACACCGUGGCUGAGCUGCAGAGCUGUCUCGCGACAAGGUUCGACGUCGCCCUGGAGCCCGACGCACGACCGCCGGCUGCACCGUGCACAGCAGCCACCGAGGUGCCUGCGACGUCCACGAACGCCACGCACAGCUCAACAACACAGGAGCGCGGCACAGCCAACAAGGUCACCAAGCACACGGAAUCGGCCGAGGGAGAGCAGAGUAAGGACCCAGACAACAAGAAUGCAAGAGACCCAACGGCAGCCACGGAUGAUGAUGCGCGUUCGAGUGGAGAACAGCAAGAGCAGCUGCAGAAGAACCAGCAGUUUAGCACCUUCACAUUGAAGCUGCAAUACAACGAUGGCACGGGCGGCUGUUUCCCAUAUCACUACGACAACCCCGCGCCCCCGAACAAGCGGCUCCUGACCGUGCUCGUGUACCUGAACGCAAACUGGCAGCAAGGGGAUGGCGGCGAACUGAUGUUGGCGCCGUUCCUGGGGAAGCCGCAGGUGAUCCCGCCGCUGGAGAACCGCACGGUCAUCUUCCGAUCGGACAGGAUCCUGCAUCGCGUGCUCAAGGCAAGCAAACCGCGCGCGUGCUUCACGCUCUGGCUGGACGGCGCCAACACCAACACGGACGACGUUGUGUUUCUGCGCGAGAAGCACUUGACUCCGGCCUUUGUGCCCGAGCUCGUGCGCUCGCCCCUGCAGCGCACGCUGUCCCGUGCUGUGUACGAGGAAGAGUAUGAACGCAGCUUGCGUGAGUGCUUUGGCGCCAACCCACGCGACACCAAGUACGCUGUAGCUCUGCAUCGUGCCCACCUUAAGCAAACCUUGGCCAACGACAAGCUCCGGCAGUUUGUCCAACACCUCAAGACGGCCCGUCAGUGGUGAUCUCUGUGUAUGUGUGUGUGUAUGUGUGCCUGUGUGUGCUGUGUGUCUUUGUGCGUGUGCUGUGUACGUAUGUGUGUGUGUGUUGUGUGCUUGUGUCAUGUGCGUCGAUUUGUUGAUGUCUAUGCGGUUGCGUAGCUUGACCUCACAUAAGCGGCAAGCACACACAGUUACAUGCAUACACGAGACCCGCUGUCGUUUUUCUUCCUCGUUCUGUGUGCACAUUGGCUUGCCUUUUGUUCGCGCUGUGUCUUGUAGCCUGUGUCUCGACAGAAGCCUGUGUGUCAUGCGCAUUGGCGCCUUUGUGUGUGUGUCAGUGUCUCCAUCCACUAGUGACCCUGUGCAAUCCCAGCAUGAUCUUAUUCCUUGCGCAGUAUUUCUUUCUCUGCCUUGUUGCUUCAGCUCUCCAAGGUAUCCUUCGACCCUUCCGCUUCAAGCCAAGCUCUUGUCACAAGCACAGCUGCUCUGCAUUAAACAACUCAUAGGUCAC